AACCGGUUGCCGGCCCGUGGCAGGGCGCGCCGAGACCAACGACCAUCCGCGCUCACACUCACGUCGCGGCACAAUUUCGAGUGUUGAACAAAGGCCAUCUCGCUGAGUAUUUUGAUGCUCCCGCGCGAGGCUGCGCGCACCCGACUCGCCUGGCAGUAAGCGAGCGCCGUCCAUAAGAGCGGACGCCACGCCAGCGGCACGCGCGUCCGCAAUCUGGAACGGCUUCCUUUUCUCUUCCCUUUCGAGGAGCGGUCCGCGGGAUCUCCGAAGGCGCGCGAGUUUCCGGUCGCCGGCGUUUGCGGAAACGCCGUCAUCGGGCCCGGCGGCGAAGUCGCUAAGGAGUUUACGGCCGUCGGUUCUGGCAGAUUAGGCUUUUCUCCUCUAAUCCCGCAGAUUAGCGCCCGCCCGAGGGUGUUUUGCGGCGCCUGCUUCGCAUCGAUCGUUUUCGCAGAGAGUGCGGCUCAAAUCGCGCACUCCGUCCUCGCGGGAAGUACGCAGGCCCCGGCGCUUCGUCGCACGCACGUGGGUUUUGGCCGCGCCGCGCCGCCGGCAUCGAACCAAGCGUUGCUGGCAUUUUGGCUCGUAUUCCGGGGCGGGGCCGUCGAAGCCCUCGGAGGCACGGCGAGCGGCGGGCCGCCGCCUAAAUGGAGCCGCGGCCCGGCCGCGAGGAGGAGCCUGCCCUGACACGGGCGAGGGAGCCCGCGCCGACGGCGGCCCCCGAGGGAAGGGGGGAGCGGUCGAGUAGGACGGAGAAGGAUGGCGGCGAGAGUCCCGGAGGAGACGGCGCUCGGGACGACUUUGAGAGGCCCCGAGUCCGAGGAGGGGAAGGGGCGCGGACGCCCAAGAAGACGGUGCGCUUCCGAGAAGCGUCCGCAGAGGAGCCGCUGGCGGAGAGGGCCGGAGAGGAGACGAGCCUUUUUCCCGACUGCGCCCUGCAGGAGUGGAGCGGCGUCGCCUUCGACGAGCUCUUCCAGAAAGAAGACUGGCAGCGGCUCACAGACGAGCGACUGCUGUGCAAGAAGGUGCUGGAGCCGGCCGCCCCCGGCGCCCCUCGGCCCGUCUGGGGCCAGCAGGCCACGGUGAAGAUGCAGGCCGUCCUGGAGGACCGCACCGUCGUGGAGAAGGACCGCAAGCUGCUCUUUACUAUCGGCGAAGGAGACGUGAGCCGGGCGCUGGAGGAGGGCGUCGUGUCCAUGCGCAGGGGCGAGACGGCGCUGCUGCUGGCCCAUUCCCGCUACGCCUACGGGCCGGCGGGCAGAGAGCCCGACGUCCCCGCCGGAGCUCCUCUGCUCUACCAGCUGCAGCUGCUGGACGUCAGCGACAAAGCGGACCCGCUGAAUCUGCCGCUGUCCGACCGCAUCCGCGCCGGCAACCGCAAGCGGGAGCGAGGCAACUUCUAUUUCCAGCGGGAGGAGUACGGCGAGGCCGCGCGAGCCUACCGGAUGGCCCUGGAUGUGCUCACCACCUGCGGCGGGGAUGCCGGCGAGGAGGACGAGCGAGAGGUGCGCCACUACCGGGUCAAGUGUCUGAACAACCUCGCCGCGGCGCUGCUCAAACUGGAGCGACGCCAGGAGGCGCUGCUCGCCAGCCGCGACGCGCUUGCCAUCGAGCCCGACAACGUCAAGGCCCUCUACAGGGCGGGAAAGAUCCUGUCGGACGACGGCGACUACGGGGAGGCCGCGCGGCUGCUGAAGAAAGCCUUGAAGCUGGAGCCCGGCGCCAGGGCCAUCCACGCCGAGCUUUCCAAGCUGGUGAAGAGGCGGUCGGGCGGCGAGGCCGCACGCCAUGGCAAAGCGAAGGCCGCCGAGAUGUCGGGCGACGACGUCGCGCCUUUUUCCCUUCCCUCCAAAGCAACAUGGCCCAUCUCGUGGAAGCUGAUGGCGGGAGCUCUGCUGGUGGCGCUGGGCGGCUUGCUGGCAUCGCUCAUCCUCCCUGCAAGGAAUUGAACAAUUGAGCGUCCUCCCUCGCUUACGCCUCCUUUUGUUGCCAUCGAGUUCGAUUUUCAGGGACGUCCGCACGUUGACUGUACAUAUGCACGCGCGCAUACAACGGAGGGACUGAAAACGGUCGGCCUUGAAAAAAUGAAGGUCGCUCAUCAAGAGAGAAAAGGCAAACCUUUCGGAGGUCGACUUGCAGUUUGGCACGUGAAGGGGCGCAGCGUAGCUGAACAAAUAGGAGCGAGCCUUCCCACUUGUUUGUUGCCUCUCCGCUUCGAGGUCUCCGACUGAACACAAAACAAACAUUGCGCACUCAACGCACAACGACCGCAAAGGGAAAUGGCAAAGAUGGCGCGUGCAAGCGACAAGUGUCGCCGGGUCACCACACCUGCGCCCGGCGAGCGAUUGCUUUUCGCGCCGAGCGGAUGUCUGGCUCCUGCUGCCCCCUGGCGGCCGAGACAGAACGUGCGCCGAGUCGGCCCUGGCGGCUGAGGGCCGUCGGAGGCGUGGCCCUCUACCCUUGACUCCGCCCACACGGAUUCGCUCGCCCUUCCAAAUGCAGUCAGUCGUGAGGCGGGGCCGAC